AUGACUGUGAAGAUUGUGACUGUGGUGACUAUGAUGAGACGUGUUUUCCCACCUCACCGUCGCAUUACUCGUUUCUGGCCGGCAAACCAUCCACAUGGACCACACCGGCAUAUGCUUCCACCACAGGCGUUGGGUCCGCACCAAGCGACUCCUGUGCAGAUUCAAACAACAACGGGAAUCAUAAACCCGGGCUUUUUACUUAAUUUCCUAGCUAUGUUCCCGCUCUCGCCAUAUAAUCAGCAUGAGUUGAACUCUCCAGACUCCAAUGAGACGGAAAAUUACGAGGCGUUGCUUAGUUUGGCCGAACGUUUGGGCGAGGCAAAGCCACGUGGCUUGGCGCGGAAUGAAAUCGACCAGUUGCCAAAUUAUAAAUACAAUCCUGAUACUCAUAACGGUGAUCAAACAUCCUGCGUUGUUUGUAUGUGCGAUUUUGAGUUGCGACAAGUGCUACGUGUGCUACCUUGCUCACACGAAUUCCAUGCUAAAUGCGUCGACAAAUGGCUAAGGUCAAAUCGAACCUGUCCCAUUUGCCGUGGUAAUGCAUCCGACUACUUUGAGAAUCCGGAGCAGCAGCAAUCACAAGCCCAACAAACACAGGCACAGGUGCAGCCACAGCAGACGACAACACAACAGGCACAGCCUGCGACUACAGUUCAACCUUUGGUCGCGGAGCAGUCAACAGCGCAACAUCAGCAACAACAAUCACAAACACAAGCAACAUAGGCGCAUUAAACGCAACCACGCAAUAAAAGUCAUUAAAGAAAAAAUGGUACUUCAGGAAAUGAGAAGAAUAGAUUAUACAAAGUGAAUACCAAAUAAAAAGUAAUUUAACGAAAAAGGAUAUUAUUGAAAAAAUAACCAGAUAGCAAGCACUCUUCUAACGUCCACGUCCAAUAGAUGUAUUUGUACUUCUUCGUGUUUCCAAUGAAGCCACCUUUAAAAAUAGAAACUUAUUACAAUCCAAAUGCAAAGAAUAUCUCUAUAGGUUAAAUACGUAUGCAUGUAUGUAUAUUUAAAUAUGUGUGUGUGCAUGUCUAGAAAGAAACCGAAUAAACCAUAAACAUUCGUAGAUAGGAGUUAGUUGCUUGGCCCACUUCGUGGCUAUCACUUUUCAGAAGUAUAAUAUUACAUAGCUACUCGUACAUACAUACAUAUAUACAUACAUAUGUACUAGAAUGCACAUGCAAUUGUAAUUGUCAAACUGUAAAGGAUAUUUCUAUGCAAUUGUUAUUAAGGUUAAUAUGUUGAAGCGAAUCACAAUUAAAUAAUGCAAUCUUUGAAUUAAAGGUAAUGUAAUAAAUACACAUAGUUAAGCUGUAUGUUCAACUACAUAUGUAGAUUGGUAUGUGUGUAUGUAUAUACAUAGAUACAUACUAUGUAUAUUUAUCUUAAAAGAAUUUUCCAAAAAAUGUUUUUCUAGCAUUCUAGUGGGAUAUGUAACUGCGCAAGCUUGUUAUUACAAUAAUUCAUGUACACCACAAAAACGAAAUUUAUAAGCAACAAGGAAAACAGUCUCACAGAUUUAUUAAAAAAAAACAAAAAAAAACAAUAGAAUAUAAAUAAAUAAAGCAAAAACGAAUUCUCUGGUAUACAUAGUACAUACAUAUGCACCAACGUAUUUUUAUAAGUUAACAUCACUUCAAUAAUUUAUCCCAAAAGGAAAAAUUUAAGCGCGUAACUGAAAUUUUUUCAAUAUUAUAUACAUACAUAAUAUCGCGGUGUGUAGUCUUGUAAGCAACAAAAGCAUAAUUAUAUGUACAUACAUACGUAUGACAUACAAAAUGUUGCGCCCAGUAAAAUUACUUCAAUGAAGUUUUAGUUGGGAAGGUAGAUUUUAUAUCAAUCUGUAUGUACAUAGCAAACAAAAACAGGGCAAAAAAAAUUGGUCGCAAAACACAAUUGUAUUUACAGGACAUUUUCCAUUUAUGUGUAUGGGGAUGUGUAACUACAUAUGUAGGUGCAGGUGCACAAGGACGCAUACUUGCAUACAUAUGCAUGUACAUACAUAUGUAUAUCCAAAGCUCUAGCCAAUGAAUCAAUUUUUAUCCAAAGUUGGUUCAAAAUAUUAUAAAUUAUCGGCAAUGUUGAUCUUAACGCAUACAUUGAUUUCAGAAAAUUAAACAAAUUGUUUAGCUAAAAGUUCACCGAUAUGACUGUGAGUGAAUUUGCCAAAUACAUAUGUGUUUGUGUACAUACAUAUGUAUGUAUCUAUGUACAUAUGUAGCCUCCAUUCAUUGUUAGAAACACAAUCAUUCACUUACAUAAAAACAUUCGGUAUGCUCAUUUCCUUGAGUUUAAAACAGCAGAAGAGUGAGAAAAAAAUGCCUUCAGUACUACAACGAAUAUGCAGCUUUUCCGAGUAGUUAUUUACAUAAUUGUUUACUAAAUAAUUACUUCAACUAGGCCACUCGGCAAGGAUUUUCUAUUUAUUAUUUCUGUGGCCAUAAGCAAUAACCGCCUAAGUCGA